CCGCUGUGGUGCGGAGACCCCCGGGUGAAUCCACCGACACCAUGUCUGACCAGGAGGCAAAACCUUCAACUGAGGACUUAGGAGAUAAGAAAGAAGGAGAAUACAUUAAACUCAAAGUUAUUGGACAGGACAGCAGUGAGAUCCAUUUCAAAGUGAAAAUGACAACACAUCUCAAGAAGCUCAAAGAAUCGUACUGUCAAAGACAGGGAGUUCCAAUGAAUUCACUCAGGUUUCUCUUUGAAGGUCAGAGAAUUGCUGAUAAUCAUACUCCAAAAGAACUGGGAAUGGAGGAAGAAGACGUGAUUGAAGUUUAUCAGGAACAAACGGGGGGUCACUCGACGGUUUAGAUAAUUCUUUUUAUUUUUUAUUUUUUCCUUUUCCCUCAAUCCUUUUUUAUUUUUAAAAAUAGUUCUUUUGUAAUGUGGUGUUCAAAAUGAAAAUUGAAUACUGGCACUCCAUCUCUUAGAACAUCUGGUAAUCUGAAUUCUAGUGUUCAAUAUUCAUUAUUGGUUGUUUUUGUUGUGCUGAUUUUUGGUGAUCAGACCUCAGCUCCCUUAACAUUGCCCUUCUUCCUUUAAGAGAUUUCAUGUGUGCACACAGAGAGGCCACCCUUUCCAGGACUGUGCAUUUUCAGGGUUGUGAUGAUAAAAGGAUCGACUAAUGGGAGCUUCCCUGUGACCUUUCAAUGGCCCUGCAGUUCCGGUAUGUGGUUGCUUCACUCCUGGACUAUGAUUUUCAGUGGGAGAUGGAGAUUUUUCAGAGAACCGAACUGUGGAAAAUGACCUUUUCUCAGCUUGAAGCUACUUUUAAAAUCUGAGGGUCUGGACCAAAAGAAGAACAUCAUGUUUGUAGUCAAGGUAACAGAUACAGUGAGAGUAACAGCUAACUCCAAAAGUGGCUUCACUGGAGAGAAAGAAAGUGUCUUGAGCAAGACAGUAUUGUCAGAAGAUCCCAGGAAAGUUCUAAUCUUCAUCAGCAGUUAAUAAUAAAGUUACUCAUACAGAAGUGUACGCAACAGACACUGCUCCUUUUGAUUCUGUUGUACUUUUUGGCCUGGGACAUGGGUUUUCAAGGGACAUCAUCUGUACCAGCUUCAUUAAAAUAAACAAUAUUUGUAAAAACCGUA